AUGGCAAUUUCGAAGCGAGCCAUAACCGUGGCCGCGGCGGUAAUCACAUUCUUCACCCAACGAUAUGCGCCGGGGGCGACUUUGAGUGCAGGCGCGGUAUUGAACACAGUCGAGUUGGCGAUCUUGGGCAUCUUUGCGCGGUUCUGUUGGGGGGCGCUUGUGUAUCCUUUGCUCUUCAGUCCGUUGCGUCAUUUGCCACAAGCACCUGAUGCAAACUUGAUUGCAGGGAAUUGGAAACGUAUCUUUAAAGAACCUAGUGGUGAGCCUCAAAGAGAAUGGAUCGAUACGGUACCGAAUGAUGGUGUUUUGCACUAUCGGUGGCUGUUUAACGAGCCGAGAGUUCUGAUUACUACUCCCAAGGCUUUGGCGGAGGUGCUGGUGCAGAGAAGCUAUGAGUUUGUGAAACCCGAGCGCGUGAGGAUAGGCGUUGGGAGGCUACUUGGCGUGGGCGUUCUUGUCGCUGAGGGCGACGAGCACAAGCGGCAAAGAAGGGCUCUCAUGCCAGCUUUCGCGUUCCGCCACAUCAAAGAUCUAUAUCCCGUGUUUUGGGACAAGUCUGUCGAGAUGACGAACGCCAUCUCCCACGAGAUGAAGACUAAUUCGACUUCAGUAAUAGAGAUCCGCGACUGGGCCUCUCGGGCAACUCUCGACAUUAUCGGAUUAGCUGGAAUGGGGCAGGACUUUAAUGCGAUCGCAGAUCCGACAAAUGAACUCAAUGUCACCUACCGCACCAUCUUCAAGCCCAGUACCGCCGCAAAGGUGAUGCAGGUAGCGUCAAUGUUCCUACCUGAUUGGUUGCUCCAGGCUCUUCCUGUGAAGCGCAACGAAGAAUUUAAAGAAGCCAUCCGUACUAUCAAGCGCGUUUCUGCGGACUUGGUUCGUUCAAAACGCGAGAAGCUGGAGAAGGGUGGACGCACGGAUGUCGACAUCCUCAGCGUUGCCAUCGAGUCCGGUGGAUUCACAGACGACGACAUGGUGAAUCAACUGAUGACUUUCCUGGCCGCAGGACACGAGACAACCGCAACUUCGCUGGCGUGGGCUGUGUACAUCCUCUGCAAACACCCCGCCGAGCAAAAGCGCCUGCGCGAGGAGGUUCGCACGAAUAUACCCGCCAUCAGCGACCCCACCAUACAAGUCUCCUCCACAGACAUCGACCACUUGCCCUACCUCAACGCCAUUCUGAACGAAACAUCCCGCAUCUUCCCGCCCGUCGCCCUCACUCUCCGCGAAGCCGAGCGCGACACUACCAUCCAAGGCCACUUCAUUCCCGCAGGCACUACUAUCAUCAUCUGCCCCUGGGCAAUCAACACGUCCAACGCACUCUGGGGAUCCGAUGCAAAGGAAUUUAAUCCUGAGCGGUGGAUGGGACCAGGCAAGGCAAACACUGGGGGCGCUGAGUCGAAUUAUGCGGUCACAACGUUCUUGCAUGGGCCGAGGAGCUGCAUUGGGAAGGACUUCGCAAAAGCAGAGUUCGCGUGUUUGUUGGCGGCGCUCGUAGGGCGGUUCGAGAUGGAGCUGGAGGAGCCAGAUAAGCCGCUCGAGAUUGCAGGAGGGAUUACAAAUGGACCUAAGGGUGGGCUCCGGAUCAAGAUGAAAGAGGUAGUGGCUUGA